AUGAAAACCGUCUUCUGCAACCUAGCGGUGGUGCUGUCCGCGUUUACAGCUACAUCCUUCGCCCAGGAUUAUCUCGUUCAUAUGCUUCAGGACGGCGCGGGCGUGGAUUCUUGGAAGCCGAGAGCUGGAGAUAGUCGACAACGGAGCCCGGAUAUUGCGAAACUGCUGCUAGAACGGCGAUUGGGAUGGCCUGAAUCAUCCUCUACUGUUGGCGAAGUGGAUGAGGAGACUAUCCGGGAAUUGAAUCUCUUUGGAGGCCAGCAGGCAUUGCCCUUUACCGACACCAACAAAGAGCAGCCACACAAGCUACUAUUGAUCCUUGAAGGCGUGGGCUCAGAAGACAUCAAAUCGCUGGAGUCAAAAACACCACACGAUUUCUCCAUUUCAAGCCCAUCAGCAUUCUAUCUAGACGAUUCGAUAUUAUCUUCAUUCGUUUCAGAAAAGUCACAGAGUUGCCAUGAUCCAAAUACCUGUCUAUAUGGCGAAGAAGAGGCCUCGUGUACCGGGUUUGUAGCCCUGAGAAGCCAGGUGAGUUUCGAACCAGAUAAGCUGCCUCUUUCUAUUGCAUCUCGAUGGACUAACCAUUCCCAGAACUCCGGUGCCUGCCCUCAGGAUGCCCAACUUUUCUCCGAGAUGCCGGACUGUACAUCAGGGUCGGCCAAGAUCCAGAAACUUAUUGAGCAAGUCAUUGCGGGCUCCUCUACAUAUAAACAUACGUCCUUUGUUAUCCGUCUUAGAGCUUCUGAAUCUCCCCUUCUCCAGAAUGGGGAAUUCACUUCCCUUUUCAAGUCCCUUGCUGCUCUUAGCUCUGACCUCAACGUGGAAUCCACCGUCAUAACAGUCCCAUACGACACCUACACCAAGAACCGCAGCCAGGCACGCCUCCCUGCCGACAAAUCCAAGCUGAAACUUCAUCAGAGCUUACCUGCUGCUAAGAAAGCUGUCCGUGCUGAUGCCACCUCCACCUCUAUGGCUAGACCAUCUGCCACCGCCAACCCUACUCCCGCAUUCCAUCUGCCCGUAUGCUACACCAAGAAUGAAACCUGCACUGAGCGAACUAAUAACUGCUCGGGACAUGGAUCAUGCUAUCUGAAACGCACUUCUUCGAAGAAUUCCACCUCCUCUAGUAACGAGAAUGAUUGCUAUGCAUGCAAGUGUCACCGCACUGUUGUUUCCACCAACAAAGAUGGGAAGACAAAGACUGUCCAGUGGGGCGGCCCUGACUGCUCAAAGAGGGACGUCAGCAUGCAGUUCUGGCUUAUCGGCGGGUUGAGUGUGGUCCUCGUUUUGGGAGUUGCCUAUGGUGUCGGAAUGCUGUUUAGCAUUGGAGAAGAGGAGUUGCCUGGUGUGCUCAGUGCAGGCGUCGCGCCCCCCAAGCAGAAGUGA